UAAAGAAGCAAAAGCAAAAUUGUCUGACCAUGUGUUGAACUGGGGACACUUGGAUAGCAAACAGGACUAUUACAAAGCUCUCUCAGAUGCGGAUAUUGUCAUCUCAACAUCCAAUCAUGAAUUCUUUGGAGUUGCAAUGCUAGAAGCUGUCCAUUUUGGCUGCCACCCACUUGUGCCUAACAGACUUGUCUACCCAGAGAUAUAUGGCUUCUCUCCCCAUGUAAAAAAAUGUUUCAUGUACAACACAGAUAAUCAGUUGAGAAAGAUGCUGGAAAAUAUAUAUAAACACCCACAUUCUGUGCGUUAUCUGAAUGCAAAGGAACUAUUAAGGCCUGGGCGCUUCAGUUGGGAAACACUCAAGCAUCAAUAUCUGGAUGUUUUGUCUCCUCAAGCUAAGGACAAAUGCCUAGCAGACUUUAAACAGUAUGGUGAAGUUAGAUGAUCAAUGUUGGGGCUUCUAUUAAAUUCAUUUUAUAAAAUACAAGACACAGUAUGAAUAAUACCACAUCAUUGAAUCGGUAUCAAGAUGGACAAUAUUAUGAUAAUUAUGUAAAAUUAAUCAUGAGCUUCAAGAGAUGAAGUAAUCAUUGUUUUCCAUUCAGCAAAAUGUCCCUAUCAUUUCUUUGUGGUGACAUAUUGGUCAAAGAGACAGAGGAGAAGAUCGAUGAAUAGAAGAGUGAGUGAUUGUGAAAUAAAUAAAAUACAAAUAAAAAACAAAGUCUGCUUUCUACUUCC